UUUCAUGACACGAAGAAUACAAGCGACCAGUUGAGAUCGUACCGUCGGGGAAAAGGCUCCCGACCCCAAAAAAUGACACCAAACUAGUGACAAAACCGUGAAAAGUGACCAAAAUCGCCCAAGUGCCAAUUAUCGUCCAAUAACAAACUAACACGAAAGACCUUCCAAGAUGAGCGUCUUCGGCAUGGUGUCGGCCGUGGCGGGCUUCAUCAAAGUCCGCUACCUCAUCGACAAGGCCAUGAUCGACAACAUGGUCUUCCGAGCCCACUACCGGGUCACCUCCGCCAUCCUCUUCGUCUGUUGCAUCAUCGUAACAGCCAACAACCUCAUCGGGUACCCCAUCCAGUGCAUCAACGACCGCGGGGUCCCCGGCCACGUGAUCAACACCUACUGCUGGAUCACCUACACCUUCACGCUCCCCCACGAACAGGGCAAAUACAUCGGCUCGGAAGUCGCCCAUCCGGGCUUGGGGAACGACAACCAGGAGAAACGGUACCAUAGCUACUACCAAUGGGUACCCUUCGUACUGUUUUUCCAAGGAGUAUUGUUCUACAUGCCGCACUGGAUUUGGAAAAUGUGGGAAAAUGACAAGAUCCGGAUGAUUUCGGAGGGUAUGAGGGGGGCCCUUGUGGGGGCCAAGGAGGAGAGGGAGAGGAGACAAUCGCGACUUGUGCAAUAUUUGGUCGAGACGAUGCAUAUGCAUAACACCUACGCCUUCGGGUACUUCGUCUGCGAGGCCCUCAAUUUCAUCAACGUGAUGGUGAACAUCUUCAUGACGGAUCGAUUUUUGGGCGGCGCGUUUCUGAACUAUGGUACCGACGUCAUCAAUUUUUCGAACAUGAACCAAGAGAACCGAACUGACCCAAUGGUGGCCGUUUUCCCGCGCGUGACCAAAUGCACCUUCCACAAAUUUGGUGCUUCUGGUACAAUACAAAAACACGACGCUCUCUGCGUCCUCGCCUUGAACAUUUUGAACGAGAAAAUCUACAUUUUCCUCUGGUUCUGGUUCAUUAUUCUCGCCGUGUUGUCCGGCCUGGCGAUCGUCUAUUCCGCGGCGGUUGUGCUAUUGCCGAGCACGAGAGAAAUGAUUCUGAAACGGAGGUUCCGCUUUGGGGCCCCCAACGCCGUCGACACAAUCAUAAGAAAGACUCAAGUUGGGGACUUUUUGCUGCUGCACUUAUUGGGCCAGAACAUGAAUUUGAUGGUCUUUGGCGAGAUUUUGGACGAGUUUGUCCGCCGCUUGAACUUCGGCUCGAAUUGCAACCUGCCCUCGGCCCCUAGCACCUUGGAAAUGAGCCCCAUUUACCCCGAAAUCGAGAAAUACGGAAAAGAGACUGAAACGUGAACGAUCUCUUCGCGCAUUUUUUUUUCAUUUUACUUUUGUGAUUAUUUAAUUAAGGUUCGCUUCAAUUUUUUUUUUAAUAUAAGUCUCGUAUUGGGA